AUGACAAUUACGGACGAGUCAACUAGUCGGGUGGCUGAUUCGACGGUCCCACCAGCUACAUCAUCUCCUUCAUUCUUUCAGAAAAUAUGCUGCUGCUGUAAUUCAGAUCUGAAAGAACCCCCUGUUCAGUUGAUUCGAAGCGGAUCACUAACCUAUCAACAAGGUGCUGCCGUCACUUCUGCUUCAGAACCAAUUCCACCUGCGACAAAUGUUAUUUCGGCAGCCAAACGGUCUGUAGAUGAUGACGUGGAAAAACCUCAAACAUCUCAGAAACCGAAUCAGAAAGAAGGAGAUGCAGACAGUGUCAACAUGAAUGAUAUUCUGAUGGAGAAGAUUCUGAGUCCAGCAGAAGAAGACAGAACAGAAGCUGUCGAAGAAGACGUUGUGUCGAUUUCGACAAACGUGAUACAAGAAGUUGACGAGAAUGAAUUGAAAAAAGCCAUGAAACCUGGAAAUGAUGCGAACAGCCCGUUGAAGGGUAGAUCAGGGAUUUCUAAAGAAAUGCCAUCAGGUUCAGAGGAUGAAGAAGGAGAAGUUGAGGGAGACAACCGGAAGAUGUCGGUGAUUGAAUUCAUUCGAAGAGAGGCACAAGCUGAAACUUCUACCACAUUACCACCUUCAACAGUGCUACAAACAAUUCCAGUUACUGAUGAAAUUGAAAUUGUGUACAAGAAUGAGAAAAUGUCAGAAGCCACGCAAUCUGAAAUGUCGGAUUCCGAGGGUACAGACGAAGAUGAUUCUGAAACAGCUGGAAAGCAAUUCAAUAUGGUUGGAAUGUCAUCAAAGACGACGGCUCGUGCUGAGAAGAACGGAGAUGCGGAAGACAGACGAGUUCAGGAAUUCAAAGAAUUGAGUUCAGAUGAAAGUUUAAGAGGAUCAACAGAAGAUGAGGAUGACGAGGAAAUCAUAACAAGACAUCAAAAACUGGAGGAAGAAGAAGACGUUCCUCCACCUCUUCCACUAACUCCACCUCCAAACCACUAUGGUCAACUGGAAGGUUCCCCGAUUCCACCACCACGUUCGCCUAGAAAAUCCAUGAUGUAUGCAAAUGCAGAUGAUUCGGACUCUGAUGACGAAGAAAGUGAAGAUGCCCAUCCAGUUUCACCACCUUCUAAUGGUCUCGUUCGAAUGCACCCGGUUAACUUUGCCGCUCAUAAAGAAGAAGAGGAUGAUGCUCGAUCUGUAUCUUCUGAUUCUUCUCUCUCGACAGCUUCCGAUGUUUCUGGAAAAGAAAACGAAGAGGAGACUAAUAUCGGUGUCACUCGUAUUUCAGUCAAAAGUGAUGGACGUGCAGAAAUUCACUCCCCAAAGAGUCCAGUACGCGUCACAUUGGACACAGACCGAAACGAGGUCACUGACGACGACUUCUCAGAAAAACUUAUCUAA